GCGGUCACGUGAGCCGCGGCCGCCACGGUGCAUUCCAGCUCGCGGUGGUGGAGGGCACCCGGCAUGCCCUGCCCCCCAGCCGGACGCCACCAUGCUGUCCCGCCUGCUCAAGGAACACCAGGCCAAGCAGAAUGAACGCAAGGAGCUGCAGGAGAAGAGGAGGCGAGAGGCCAUCGCGGCCGCGACCUGCCUGACGGAAGCCCUGGUGGAUCACCUCAACGUGGGUGUGGCCCAGGCCUACAUGAACCAGAGGAAGCUGGACCACGAGGUGAAGACCCUGCAGGUGCAGGCUGCCCAGUUUGCCAAGCAGACAGGCCAGUGGAUCGGGAUGGUGGAGAACUUCAACCAGGCACUUAAGGAAAUUGGGGAUGUGGAGAACUGGGCCCGGAGCAUCGAGCUGGACAUGCGCACCAUCGCCACAGCGCUGGAAUAUGUGUACAAAGGCCAGCUGCAGUCCGCCCCCUCCUAGCCGCUCUGUCCUGCUCUCCAUCCCCCGCCCCUACCUCAUGUGUCACAGCAGGAAUAAAACCUAAGCUUCUGCUCCUA